UUCACGUGAUCUGAGCCUAGUAUAAAGCAGGAUGCAGAAGAAGGGCUGCUUAACUCCGAAGCUUCCCAGAGCCCUGAGAGAAGAGAGGACAAAGCAGGGAAGGUGAGAGGAAGACAACAGAAGAGCAAAAAAGAGAAGGAAGGAAAGAAAAGAGAAAUGGAAGGUUCUAAGACACACAGCUCUGAAAGCAUGCCUGGAGACCUAUCAGAAGCCCUGAAGGAAGCCACCAAAGAGGUGCAUGAGCAGGCAGAGAGCACAGAGUUUAUGAAGAAUUUCCAGAAGGGGCAGGUGUCACUCGAGGAGUUUAAGAUGGUUAUGGCUUCUCUGUACUACAUCUACUCUGCUCUGGAGGAGGAGAUUGAGCGUAACAAGGAUCACCCGGCCUAUAUCCCUGUUUACUUCCCAGCUGAACUGCACCGUAGGACUGCCCUGCAAGAAGACUUGGAGUAUUUCUAUGGCCCAUUGUGGAGGGAAGAGAUCUCGUGUCCCGAGUCCACUCAGAAAUACGUGAAUAGGCUCCACUAUGUGGGCCAGCAUGAACCAGAGCUCCUGGUGGCCCAUGCCUACACUCGGUACCUGGGAGACCUAUCUGGCGGGCAGGUGUUGAAGAAGAUUGCCCAGAAAGCUCUCCACCUACCCAGUACUGGAGAAGGACUGGAGUUCUUCACCUUUGAAGGGGUGUCCAAUGCCACAAAGUUCAAGCAGCUGUACCGCUCCCGGAUGAACUCCAUCGAGAUGGACCCAGCCACCAAGAAGAGAGUCGUGGAGGAAGCCAAGCAGGCAUUCUUGCUGAAUAUACAGGUGUUUGAGGAACUGCAGAAAUUGGUGUCCCAGUUGCAUGAGAACAGUCACCAUGCACAACAGAAGCCAGAGCUUCGCACAAGAGGCACCAGCGGAGCACAUGAGCAUGGACCAGCUCCUGUGAAAGAAGGUGAAAAGACAUUGAUGAAGCACACAGACAUGUUGCCUAGCACUCCACUGGUACGCUGGAUUCUUGCUCUCAGCUUCCUAGUGACAACAGUUGCUGUGGGCUUGUUUGCGAUGUGAACAGAAGAGACUCUAGGCCUUGCCCUCCUGCUGCUCCCUCAUCAAACUAACACACCUAAUGCCAUCCAUCCUGCCCUCUACCUGGACACUCUGAUCUUGGCUGUGCCACUAACACUUUUCCAAUGGAUUCAUAGGACUCUGCAGGCUUCUUGUGAAUUCUCAGCACAGAUCAGAGAGAGCAUUUCUGAACCCACAGACUGAACUUGGCCAAAAAGCUGAGGCAGAAUCAGAAAGGUUGUGAAAGGCAUUGAA